AUGGCCUUCGUCCUCCUGCUCGCCGCGGCGCUCUUCUACGCGCUCGUCUCCCUGGGCGGGCCCUGCACCGCCGGCGCCACCUGCUACCGCGGCUACCAGUCCUUCUACAGCUUCGACGCCGGCGACGAGAAUCACUCGGCCUGGAUGGCUGCCAUCCCGGAUGACGUGCACAUCACGAGCCUCAGCAUCCCCGGCACGCACGACACCAUGACGUACGAGAUUGGCUCGGAGCAGCUGCAGUGCCAGAACUGGAACCUGACCGUGCAGCUGGAGAGCGGGCUGCGCUAUCUGGAUAUCCGCGCGAGGCUGCGCAAUGAUGAGCUGCACAUCUACCAUGCGAAUGGGUAUACGGGCUUUGGCUACGAGCAGGUCUUGCUGGAUAUCUUUGCCUUUUUGGACAGGAACCCUUCCGAGACGAUUCUCAUGCGGCUGAAAGAAGAGGGCAGUCCCAUCGGCCCGGACAACACAAUUUCCUUUGAAGACGCCUUCAACUAUCACCACUUUGCGUCGCCCCUCACCGCACCGGGAUCCAAGAAGCAUCUGUACAAAUACGACUUUGCCGCUCCCCUCCCUACACUGGGCGCGCUGCGCUCCAAAAUCUUCAUCCUGCAAAACUUUGACUCCCGCGACGGUCCCUACGGCCUGCAGUGGGAAGGCCCCGAAAUGGUCCUCGAGGAUCUCUGGAUCAUCCCAGACGUGUACCACCUCUCGGAGAAGUGGUCCGCCAUCCGCGACGCGCUCGAAAACGCCGCGCUGGCGCCCGACGACAAUCGCUUCCUGUACCUGGCGCACACGUCGGCCUCUGUGGGGGUUUUGCCCAUUGAAGCUGCGGCGGGGCCCAUGAACAGGACCAUUCAGGGCAUGAAUGACAUGACGGGGCAGUAUCUUGAGGAUGCGUCUGGCAAUGUCGACGAGGCGAGGGUCGGCGUGGUGAUUAUUGAUUUCCCGGGGAGGAAGCUGAUUGGCACGAUUUUGAAGUGGAAUGUCUGGCUGAGGGGGAGGAAAUGA